AUGCACUCCACCGAUGCCCAUGCACUCCACCGCUGCCCAUGCACUCCACCGCUGCCCAUGCACUCCACCGCUGCCCAUGCACUCCACUGCUGCCCAUACACUCCACCGCUGCCCAUGCACUCCACUGCUGCCCAUGCACUCCACUGCUGCCCAUGCACUCCACUGCUGCCCAUGCACUCCACUGCUGCCCUCCUGGCCACUGUGCCCGUUCCUCUGCUCGCCGCUGCCACGUGCAGCACCACCAGCAGGGGCCUCCCACUCCGCCGCCAUCGCCACCAGGUGCCUGCUGCUUCCCCACCCGAGCCUUCACUUCUUUUCCUGCUGCUCUCUUUGCCUUGCACGUUCUUCUCUCCCUUCUUUCCAUUCCCUCUCACCCUUUCCUCCACUGCUGCCCUUGCACUCCUCCUUGCGCCUCCUCUUCUUCCCAUCAACUCCACCAAGGCCAUAUUUCAAGCUGAUUGGCUUCUUCUCUUGCUUU